AUGGAAAGCUACCAUACUAAAUAUGGGCGACAUAUUCCAGAUGUAAGGGAGUGCAAUUGUGAAGUCUAUAGCAGACUUGCAAAAUUAAACUUCUAUGGGAUAUCGCUGCAAGGAAAACGAAAUUCAUAUCGAAUUCGGAUAGCGAAAAGUGGGAAUACGAGUAAAUUACGCCUUAUGAAUGGUGGCAUAAGCUGUGGAAGACUUGAAGUUAUGUAUAAUAACAAGUGGGCGACCGUUUGCAAUCCGGGUGAGGCAGCUAGUAAACGUUGGAGUAUUCGAAAUGCUGAUGUUGCUUGUCGACAGCUAAAUUUUCGAGGGAGGGCCUUUGUUUAUGAUGGAUCGGCAUUUGGACAGAGCAAAGAACCGAUAUGGCCUCGAGAUCUACAAUGUUCUGGUAAUGAAACCGAUUUAUUGCAAUGCCAGUAUAGCAAGCUACAAUCGUCCUGUAGCCAGCAAAACAGUGUCGGCAUUUGUUGUGGAUAUAACGAGAAUCGAGGGUCACUAGCACCAGUUCCAAUGUACCAGAGCAUCCGAAUUACUGGUGGUAAGUCAGCCGUUAGUGGUCAGCCUCAGUUUUUAUAUCAAGGAAGAUGGCAUUCUGUUUGUCCGCUUGGUUGGACAGAAAAUGACGCCGAUGUCUUUUGUAGGGAAUUAGGUUUUGUCGGAGCUAAAUCUAUAGAAGCCAAAAUUGAUAAAGUAAUUUCAAGGGCGAUACUUUAUUACAAGCUAAACUGUAUCGGCAGUGAAGAUUCCAUUAUGAAUUGUCGAUCCGAUCUUGCUCAAAAUCAUAAUCUUGCAAAUAACUGCUAUCAUCCCAACAAUCCCUCUGUAGCAAUGGUUACGUGUCAAAAAUCGGCAGGAAAUCCUUUAUAUUGUGAUUUCUUAAAUGGUUUAUGCGACUGGAAUCAAGUACAACAACACCAUUCCAUGAACUGGAUUUGGAAAAAUAAAUGGAGAAAAUUUCAAACCAUGGAUGAUCUAAAAUCGGGUCCUUACGUAUUUGUCCAAUUAGAUCAUGGUUAUAUAGGUGAUAAGGCAGUUUUACAGAGCCCUCUCCUUGCAAAGUAUCAAUCGACUAAAGCAACGAUAUUAAUAUCGUAUUAUAUGGAUGUCAGACCAGCUAAGCCUGCACUGACAUUAUUAUCUACUAAAGUCUAUUACCCAGUCGAAAAUCAGCACGAUACACUAUGGUAUUCUUAUCCUAGGACUACGAAGCGUUGGCUUUAUAGCUCCAUUAUGUUUACGCCUCGAUUCCAAAAAUUUUAUGUAUCAAUACAAGUAGCCAAAGGUCCGGAAUUAUCUGGAUUCAUAGGUUUAAGCAGAAUUGAAAUAGUUGGAUGCGAUAUUUAUCGUAAUCGCACUCUUCUGAACCAAAAUCGUAAGACUGUAAAUUAUGCUAUACCAAUUUUUUGCACCGCUGUUGUGAUUAUGGUAUUACUUUUGGCAGCACUGACCCAUGUGAUAAAGAAAAAAAGCUAUCAAAGACGAUUAACAUUAGAUUUGCCUAGACCUAUUCGUAAAGGGAAUGGAGGCGCAUCUUGUAAACGAAUUUCUGCAAUAGCUUCACCAAUUAAAAAUCUGCAUAAUCGCAACUUCAAUACUUCUGGCGAAACAUCUAAAAUAUAA